ACUAAAAUGCAGGAGCAACAUCAAGGUUUUGUAUCAAGCACAGGAUCGCCGAUCUAGCAAGGAAGCUAAGCUUCAGCCUUCAGUUCUACCACAACUGCUGCUGAUAUACAGAAGCUUAUACGUAUAUAUCUCCGUAUAAGGUAGAACCGUAGAAAUUAUCUACUCAUUUCCAGAAUAAAUUGGAGUUUGCGGUGGAGCGGGCGGUGUACAUGGGUCAGUACUGAAGUCUGAUGUCAUUGUUCUGGAUUGUUUUACGCCAAUUAGCAGAAACUGAAGCCAUGGCAAUGUCUAAGAAAGUAAUCACAAGAGAAGAGUGGGAGAAGAAGCUGAACAAUGUUAGGAUUAGAAAAGAGGACAUGAAUAAACUAGUGAUGAACUUCCUAGUCACUGAGGGUUAUGUGGAAGCAGCAGAGAAAUUCAGAAUGGAAUCUGGGACAGAACCUGACAUAGAUCUUGCAACCAUUACUGACCGGAUGGCUGUGAAAAAGGCAGUACAAUGUGGUAAUGUUGAGGAUGCUAUUGAAAAGGUCAAUGAUUUGAACCCUGAGAUACUGGAUACAAAUCCCCAGCUCUUUUUCCAUCUCCAAAAGCAAAGGUUGAUAGAACUGAUAAGGAAUGGGAAGGUGGAAGAAGCUUUAGAGUUUGCUCAGGAUGAACUUGCUCCAAGGGGAGAGGAAAAUCAAGGGUUUCUAGAGGAGUUGGAGAGGACGGUUGCAUUGCUGGCAUUUGAAGAUGUUGCAAACUGCCCUCUAGGAGAGCUUUUAGAUAUAUCACAGCGUCUGAAGACAGCAAGCGAGGUGAAUGCUGCAAUUCUCACUAGCCAAAGCCAUGAAAAAGAUCCCAAGCUUCCAAGCCUACUGAAGCUAUUGGUAUGGGCACAAAACCAGCUCGACGAGAAAGCUGCUUACCCUCGCAUAAACGAUGUUUCCACUGCCACACUCGAAGACCCAGCGGUUUGAAAGGCACAAAAACCAACUCUUUGGGAUUCAGGUUAGGCGAUGACCAGAUUGUGUGUUUGAACGCCAUGAACCUAGUGGUAAAUGUCGUUGUACUUUACGAAAACGUAGCUCCCCCUAGAGAGGUUUUACUGGUAUCAAACUUGAAUGCAGAGUACAGGGUGAAUGCCUCUUUUGAAAUUAUAUGGUUCUAUGACUUAUUUUAUGGCUUUAUAGAUAUAUUAAACAUAACUGAUAAUAAAGAAGAGAUAGUUACAUAACUU